AUGUCUUCAGACUGGACACGUAGCUUCAGAGCUAUCCUUCUCAGUUAUAAAACAGACUUCUUGGCUGUCAAAGAUUCAAAAUCAAAAUGGUCGCAUGUGAUCAAGAAAAUCCGCAAGGCCAUAGUUGCAGCUCACAAGAAACAAGGCGAAAAAGUACCUUUGCCGAGUUCUUUGAAGAAGGCAAUUAAAAGAUACUAUGCCCACAAAAUUGACGACGAAGAAUCUAAUGGGGAAGGAGCUGCAAGAGAAAGAGAGAUCAAUGCCUGUCCAAAGGAGGCUUCAUUCUACAAGAAAAAGUUGACUGACUGGGAUAGCAAGCAAGAAAAGGUGAAACAAGAUCCUAUCAAGUUUCGCACUGGUCAUGCGCGAGAAUGGUUCAACGACAUGUCUCCUGCACAGAAGAAAGAAGUCAAGUACGCACAAGAGAAGUGGAACAAGGAGGGGGCACCUCAAGAGAGUCAGGCUGUUUAUUGCAAGAAUAACCUCAAGAAAGUGCUUGGAGAUUUUUCCGAUCACAAGAAACAAGCAGACAAGUCAUUGAGCGUCACCAUACACGAAACUGUGCCUCAGAAUGCCAAAAAAGACUUCUCUGUCAGCUCAGAUGGUAUCAAAGAGUGGGCUUCAACUGGCAUUGACUUCUUUGCAGAGUGGGCAAGGACCGAAUUUUACCCAAUGGCUGAUCCAGAUGUCGAAGAAAAAGAUGAAGAGGAUGGACGUUGGCUACCUGAAGUUAUCUUUGAUGACAAAGGCUAUGCACAACUGCCUUCUUGUGAUGGUGUGAUACUCAAGGAUCAACAAGAACUGGUACAAAUGAUUUUUCAUGCUUCGUACAAAGUUUUCACCCGCAGCAGUAAGCCUGUGCCUUGGCGCACCAUAACUCCAUGUCCAUCAGAGUAUUUGGAGGCUGGUUCUGUUCCAGAUAACCUUGUUUUCUGCAACCCCUCUCACAUGAGAGAAAAGGAUAUCAACAUGCUCUGGAGUUACUGGGAAACGCGGAGCAAGGCCAGGAAGAGACUUGUCACUUUUAUAAAGGCAAGGCCAUCUGAUGUGAGAAUCAAGCUGGCUCAGGAUGCAAGGGACAAGGCUAGUUCUAAGAAGGAUAAAGCAUAUGUCAAGGUUGCUGAAGAUGAAGAUGAACUGCAUAGUUCAGCCAAUUUGGAUGCUACAUUGGCUGCAGCAUCGCCAGCUGAGGUGCCACGUGACCACCACUUCAAAUUUUUAGAUGCCCUCAGCACUGAUAGGUCUUACCUGGAGCUCGUAGAUGCAGUCAAGGAUCUGGCUGUUAUGAUGCAAAAUUUGAUGAGGAACUUGAAUUACCCCCCUGGGUGGAUUGGGCUUGGACAGAGUCUUAUCUUCCCCAGUAAUAUGUUGAUGGCCAGCAUGCAGAUGUUGAUAAAGACCCCAAUUAUGUCUUCAUACUUAGCUGCCCUCGUGGUCUUGGGCCUUGGGUUGAUUUUGAGGGAUUGCAAGCGCAUCAUAGAGUAUGAAGAAGAUGAGGCCCCCCCUGAUACCCCUUCCUACUUGGCUGGUUCGUUCUUGGACCUUCAAUGUCUCAUUGAGGUGGUGAUGAAGGCUAUUUCAGGUGACGAUGAUCAUGGUGAUCAGGAGAAGGACAUGGAGGGAGCUGAUGGUGAGGAGAAGGACAAUGACCAGGGAGAGGACAGUGGUGGAGAUGAUAAAGAGAGAGAUGGGGAGGAGAAGGAGAAGAGUGGCAUGAGACAAGUUGGCAAUAAGGAGCAGGACAAGGGAGACAUGAAUGUGCAGAUGCAGGAGGUGGAGAAGGACCCGGAGCAGGAUCAGGAGGAAGGCAAACAGAAGGGGAAGAAAAGGAUGAGAUCUCCAACUUCCUCAGGUAAGACCAAGAAGGCAAGGAUUGAAGAUGAACCACCUAUGCAUCGGUCUACCAGAACUAGGCAACCCUCUAAGAAGAAUAUGCGGUCCUAA